AUUAUAUGCAUACAUAUAUUUAUCACUUAUGUGUAAAAUAAAAAUGUUAUAUAUAUACGAUGAUGAUACUAAAAUAUAGCUGGAGAAAUUCAAUAAAUCACCCAGGCCUUAUGUCACGUUGGCUGUAAGUUGUAUAAUAACUUCUAUGUUGGUCCCUCGCACCGUGCACAUAAUUAUAUUUUUCAUUUCAGGUUCUUAAAAAAUAUUUAAGCAAAAAAAAGUUCUAAAAGUUGCAAAAAGAGAUUUUUAUUUGAACAACAAUUUCAAAACCUGCUAAUGAUUACAAUAUGCUUGCUAACAAAUGAGUCCAAAAUUUCUCUUUUAGCUUUCUCUUUCCUCUCUCCUAAAUAAUCAAUAUUCUAUUAUAAAAAUGGAAUUUAAAUGGUUUACUCUAAAUCAAAUAUUACAAAUCAUUAUACAUCUUUUUUUUUUUGAACAACACAAAUCAUUAUACAUCAAAAUUGAAUUAUUAAGUGAUUUUUCAUGUACACUACUACAUACAAUUCUUAGUCCGUUUUAAAGUUAUAGUUUUAACCUGCUGGUUAGUUUUUUCUAGAACGCAAAAAAAUGGGGAGGUUUGAAUAAUUUGGAAUUUGUGAAAUUCAUUAUUUUUGGUUGGUUAUUUAAUAGCAUAUUAAUAUAUGAGUGUGAUGUUUUAUUUUUGUUUUUUUUUUCUGAAAGGCUCUUCCUUCUUUUGCUUUCAAUUAGUGGGUCCUUUGUUUCCUACAAGCAUCUGCAAUUUCUUCGUUUUUCAAUUUGCCUAUAUCCUUUUGUAACAUCUUCAAGAGGAAGAUAGAAAACUCCAAAAUAUUAUAAUUGUUCACGUGGAUAAAGUAUUGCCAUACAUUUUUCACAAUAUUGGGUUUGCUUUCAGUUUCCAGCAUAAACAAGAUGUUCGAGCCAAAUAUGUUGCUUGCAGCUAUGAACAACGAAGAUAGCAAUAACCACAACUACAACCAUGAAGUCAACAACAAUAACAAUGAAGGAUUUCUUCGGGACGAUGAAUUCGACAGUGCGAAUACUAAAUCGGGAAGUGAGAAUCAAGAAGGAGGAUCAGGAAAUGAUCAAGAUCCUCUUCAUCCCAAUAAGAAGAAACGAUAUCAUAGACACACACAACUUCAGAUCCAGGAGAUGGAAGCAUUCUUCAAAGAGUGUCCUCACCCGGAUGACAAGCAAAGGAAACAACUGAGCCGUGAAUUGGGUUUGGAACCUCUUCAGGUCAAGUUCUGGUUCCAAAACAAACGCACCCAAAUGAAGAAUCACCACGAGCGACAUGAGAACUCGCAUCUUCGGGCGGAAAACGAGAAGCUUCGAGGAGACAACCUUAGAUAUCGAGAGGCUCUUGCAAACGCUUCUUGUCCUAAUUGUGGUGGUCCAACUGCCAUUGGAGAAAUGUCCUUCGACGAACACCAACUCCGUCUCGAAAAUGCUCGAUUAAGAGAAGAGAUCGAUCGAAUAUCAGCCAUAGCAGCCAAGUACGUAGGAAAGCCAGUCUCAAACUAUCCUCUCAUGUCUCCACCUCCUCUUCCACCACGUCCUCUAGAACUCGCCAUGGGAAAUUUUGGAGAUGUUUAUGGAAACAACCCAACAGAUCAGUUCAAGUGCAUCACUGCACCAACAGAAUCUGAUAAACCAGUGAUCAUCGACUUAGCCGUGGCUGCAAUGGAAGAGCUCAUUAGGAUGGUUCAAGUGGACGAGCCAUUGUGGAAUAGUUUGGUUUUCGACGAAGAAGAAUAUGCACGGACGUUUCCUAGAGGAAUCGGACCUAAACCAGCUGGAUUUAGAUCCGAAGCCUCACGAGAAAGCGUGGUUGUGAUCAUGAAUCAUAUUAAUAUCGUUGAGAUUCUCAUGGAUGUGAAUCAAUGGUCAAUGGUGUUUGCGGGGAUGGUUUCUAGAGCGAUGACGUUAGCUGUUUUAUCGACUGGAGUUGCAGGAAACUAUAAUGGAGCUCUUCAAGUGAUGACUGCAGAGUUUCAAGUUCCAACACCGUUAGUACCGACCAGGGAAACGUAUUUCGCACGUUACUGUAAACAACAAGCAGAUGGUUCAUGGGCUGUUGUGGAUAUUUCCUUGGAUAGUCUCCAGCCAAAUCCACCGGUUAGGUGCAGGCGGCGAGCUUCAGGGUGUUUGAUUCAAGAAAUGCCUAAUGGAUACUCCAAGCUGACUUGGGUGGAACAUGUGGAAGUUGAUGACAGAGGAGUUCAUGAUUUGUAUAAACACAUGGUUAGUACUGGUCACGCCUUUGGUGCUAAACGCUGGGUAGCUAUUCUAGACCGCCAAUGCGAGAGGUUAGCUAGCGUCAUGGCUACAAACAUUUCUUCAGGAGAAGUUGGCGUGAUAACUAACCAAGAAGGGAGGAGGAGUAUGCUGAAACUGGCGGAGAGGAUGGUUAUAAGCUUUUGUGCAGGAGUGAGUGCUUCAACAGCUCACACUUGGACUACAUUGUCUGGUACAGGAGCUGAAGAUGUUAGAGUGAUGACUAGAAAAAGUGUGGAUGAUCCUGGAAGGCCUCCGGGUAUUGUUCUUAGUGCAGCUACUUCGUUUGGGAUCCCUGUUCCUCCAAAGAGAGUUUUUGACUUCCUCAGAGAUGAGAAUUCAAGAAAUGAGUGGGAUAUUCUGUCAAAUGGUGGAGUUGUACAAGAGAUGGCACAUAUUGCUAAUGGGAGAGAAACAGGAAACUGUGUUUCCCUCCUUCGUGUAAAUCUUAUGUCACAGAGUGCAAACUCUAGCCAGAGCAACAUGCUGAUUCUACAAGAGAGUUGCACUGACCCUACAGCUUCAUUUGUGAUCUAUGCACCAGUGGAUAUUGUAGCGAUGAACAUAGUGCUUAAUGGAGGUGAUCCAGACUAUGUAGCUCUUCUUCCAUCAGGUUUUGCUAUACUUCCUGAUGGUAAUGCGAAUGGUGGAGGAGAAGGAGGGUCGUUGUUGACGGUUGCUUUUCAGAUUCUGGUUGACUCGGUUCCAACGGCUAAGCUGUCUCUUGGAUCUGUUGCAACUGUGAACAAUUUGAUUGCUUGCACUGUUGAGAGGAUCAAAGCUUCCAUGUCUUGUGAGACUGCUUGAAGAAACACAGAGAGGAUGAUUCGGUUGAAGAGAGUUUUUUGGUGUUGAAAGGGGGAGGAGUCAAGAGCGAACCUUACAAGAUAUACCAUUGAGUAAGGUUAUGGAUUGUAGUGUUAAGUUUUGCUCUGCUUAUUUGUUGAAACUAUAAGCAGUGACAAAACUUUUUACUUGAGAGUGACAAUGCAAAUGGUGUAAAGAGGUUCGGGAAUUGACUUCCCUUGCAACAUACUUGGUCAGAGAUGCUUUUCAACUUGUUUUUUUUUUUGUGUCACUUCUUUCAAAGCUUUUGGUUAGAAAGACCUUAAUCAAGAAUUUGAAGUUUGUAUUCUUUUGGGUUUAAAUUUUGUUUAUAUUGAAAGUAUUGUUUUAUUUCUCUUAAA